AUGACAGAUGCUAAGAUUACUAAGCAACCUAUAACCCAUCAGUUUCAAUUGUCAAAGAAUCAAAGUCCAACUUCAAAGGAAGACAUUGAGUAUAUGAGCAAUAUACCAUAUUCUAAUGCAGUCGGGUUAAUUAUGUAUCUAAUGGUCUGUACUCAACCAGACUUAGCUCAUGUUAUGAGUUUACUCAGUAAGUAUAUGGCUAACCCAGGCAAAGAACAUUGGGAGGCUAUGAAGUGGACUCUUAGAUACCUAGUAGGAAUGACUAAGGUUGGUCUGAUCUACAGAAGACAAAACUCAACUACAGAUUUGGAAGGAUAUUGUGAUGCAGACUACGCAUGGGAUAGAGAUAGCAGGAGAUCAACUUCGGCUUAUUUAUUUCUAAUUGGAGGGAAUUGUGUAAGUUGGAAGGUUCAAAUACAACCUGCGGUUGUACUAUCUACAACUGAAUCCAAAUACAUAGUAGUAACAGAGGCUAUUAAAGAAGCACUUUGGCUAAGAGGGUUGCUAGAAGAAGUAACAGGGUACAAAAAGACUCCUACAGUGUAUUCAGACAGUCAAAGUUGUAUCCACUUGUGUAAAAAUCCUUUCUUUCAUGACAAGACUAAACAUGUGGAGAUAAAAUACUAUUUUAUAAGAGAUAAGGUGACUGAAGGACAUGUCUCUAUUUUAAAGGUUCCGACAGAAGAGAAUCCAUCAGAUAUGGGUACUAAGGUAGUUACUCUACACAAAUUCAAGCUUUGCAUGAAUUUUCUAGGAGUAGAAUAUGGAGGAUAA